GAAAUAAUCCUUGUGGUGAAAAUUUUCAAUUUAUCAAUCAAUCCGACAUAAUAAUGAUGUCGUCGGGCGAAGAAGAUAAUGAUGAUUUGCCGAGAUCAUCAUCGGCAAGCCGAAUAACAAGCGUCAUUUUGUUCGGUAACAUUGAUGAAAAUGGUGAAUUAACCGACGAUAUAUUUGAUGAUGAAUGUCGCCGUCAUCUUGAUUCAUUGCAACCACAUCUAUCAUCGAUUAUUCCCUUUGAAGAUUUGAUUGAAGAUGAUGAUGAUGAUGAUUCAUCUCAGCAACGACAAUCCGAUAAUGACAAACGUUUAUCGGACGAUGAUGAUGGUAAAGGAUCUGAUUCUGAUUUAGAUAUCAAAUCUGAAAUUGCAGUCGAUUAUUCUGAUAUUAAUGAAUUCGUUGCCGAUGAGGAACAAUCAUUUGUUGAAGAUUUGCUAAACAACAUCAUUCAAACGAAUAAAAAUGAUAAUUGCGACGAUGAUGAUUACGAUGAUGAUAAAAAUCAGAAUUUAGGUUCACAAUCUGAUGGCAAACAGAAAGAUAACCAGAUAGAAAUUCAAAAAGAUAAAGAUGGAUUUGUUAUACCACAACAACCGAUUCGAAAGACUGAUUCAUUAACCGUUAAAUCGAACAACAUUCAAAUCGAAGAACAACAACAGGAUCAUAUAGAUGGUGAUAAUGACAAACUGUGUGAAGGUAGUGAACAGCAAUCUCAAACAUGCAAAAAACGUCUAGAUACACCAUUGGCUGCAAUGUUACCAUCAAAAUAUGCCGAUCUUGAUGUUACGAAAUUAUUUCCAGAAUUUCGUCAUAAUCAAGUUUUACGAUUUUCACGCUUAUUUGGUCCAGAUAAAUCAUCGUCAUUGCCACAGAUUUGGAAAUCAGUCCGUAAUAGUAUAUUUGAAAAUAAAUUAUUCAUUGUACAACAAACAAAGAUACCACCAAUUGAUAAGAACAAUAGAGAUAUUUGGCAAUUUGAUGCCUGUCCAGUGGAAGACAUACCAGCCGAUAUGAUUGAAAUGGAUGAUGAAAUUCGUUUGAUGCAAAAUGAUUUUAUCGAUGAUGAACACGGUAAAAAUGGUGCCGGUGAGAAUGAAGAUCGUAAUAAGAUAGCUGAAUGGCGUUAUGGACCGGCAAGAUUCUGGUAUGAUCGUAUGAAAGUACCAGAAAAUGGUGAUGGCUUUGAUUAUGGAUUUAAGCUGAAAAAUCAAGAUUCAUUCAUCGACGGUGACGAUGAUAACAAAAAAGAUGAUCAUUGCUCAUCUGCUACAAAAUCGAAACAAUCACCAUUAGAUAAUCAGCCAUUAUCAAACGAUGAUGAUGAUGCUUUUCAUUUAGUCACACAAUUCCAUUGGGAAAACGAAGUAAUCUGGAAUGCUGAUGAAGUAAGGCAGAAAAUUCUGGCCAAAUUAAAUGACAAACAUCUGGCAUCUGGAUGGUUACCAUCAGGACAUAACCGUACGGCUACAGCAUUCACACAGCAAAUGCGUGGCUCAGCAGCACCAAAAUCGAUACCAAUACCAUCGUCCUCAUCAUCAUUUAAGAAAAAUGAUGGUAAAAAGAAUGCUGCUGAUAGUUCUAAAAAUGAUGAUCACGAUGAUCAAUGGUUCUCGAUUUUUCCGAUUGAAAAUGACGAUCUUGUUUAUGGACUUUGGGAAGAUUCAGUCAUCUGGGAUAGUGAAGCUAUGGAUCGUAUACCCGAACCACCGCUUCUUGUAUUGGAUCGAAAUGAUGAAAAUAUUAUAUUGGAAGUGCCUAACGAUGAAGAUCCAAAUGAAAGUAAUAAAAAUCAACCGACAAAAGAAAAGAAGGAAGGUAUACGUAAAUCACGAUUAUUAUUGGGUAAGGCUGGUGUUAUAGCCGAACCAGAAAUUCUACAGCCGCCAUCACCACCUUCGGGUGAGAAAGAUCCAUAUAACAUAUCAAAUGAUGAAUAUUAUGCACAAAAAACAACCACCGAUGCGACACUCAAAUCCAAUGUUGGCAGUAAUCUAAUACAGCAUUCGAUUCCAGCAUUGGAAUUGCGGCAACCAUUUUUCCCAACAUUCCUAAGCUAUCAACGAUUACGAGCAUUUCAUCGUCCUUCAUUGAAACGAUAUUCACAUGGAGCUAUUGCCGAUACAUUACCGCAUGGCGUUCAACCAUUGGUCAAACAUAUCAAACGUAAAGCUAAACAACGUGAACAAGAACGACAAGCAUCUGGUGGCGGUGAAAUGUUUUUCAUGCGCACACCUGAAGAUCUUACCGGAAAAGAUGGUGAUCUUAUAUUGACUGAAUAUUCUGAAGAACAUCCACCAUUAAUCAUGCAAGUUGGUAUGGCUACAAAAAUUAAAAAUUAUUAUCGAAGGAAACUGGGCAAAGAUAGUGGAGCACCGAAUUAUAAAUAUGGUGAAACUGUCUAUUGUCAUACAUCACCAUUUUUGGGCAAUCUGCAGCAUGGUCAAUCUCAACAAGCACUUGAAAAUAAUCUUUUUCGUGUACCGAUAUACGAACAUCAAUUACCGGAAACUGAUUUUCUUGUCAUUCGCACCAGAGAUAAUUAUCAUAUUCGAGAAGUGGAAACUAUCUAUACUGUUGGGCAGGAAUUACCACUGUACGAAGUUCCGGGGCCAAAUUCAAAGAAAGCGAAUAAUUUUAUGCGUGAUUUUCUACAAGUUUUCAUUUUUCGAUUAUUCUGGAAAAACAAUGAUAAUCCACGACGAAUCAAAAUGGAAGAUAUCAAAAAAGCUUUCCCAUUGCAUUCAGAAAGUUCAAUUCGUAAACGAUUAAAACAAUGUGCUGAUUUUAAACGAACUGGAAUGGAUUCAAAUUGGUGGGUGCUGAAAUCAGAUUUUCGUUUACCAUCCGAAGAUGAAAUUCGUGCUAUGGUAUCACCCGAAGCUUGUUGUGCAUAUUACUCGAUGUUGGCAGCCGAACAACGUCUCAAAGAUGCCGGUUAUGGUGAGAAAUCUAUGUUUGCACCGGAUGAUGCUGAAGAUGAAGAUCUACAAGUCAAAAUGGAUGAUGAAGUGAAAGCGGCUCCAUGGAAUACAAGCAGAGCAUUUGUAUCAGCCAUGAAAGGCAAAUGUUUAUUACAAUUGACUGGUGUUGCUGAUCCAACUGGUUGUGGUGAAGGAUUUUCCUAUGUUCGCAUACCAAAUAAACCACAACAAUCAAAAGAAGAGCAGCAGAAAGAACCGUUGCCUAAAAAAACAGUAACCGGUACGGAUGCCGAUCUUCGUAGACUACCGUUGAAUGCAGCAAAACAAUUAUUACGAAAAUUCGGUGUACCCGAUGAUGAGAUUAAAAAAUUGAGUCGUUGGGAAGUAAUUGAUGUGGUUCGUACGCUAUCGACCAAACAGGUGAAACAGCAAACAGGCGAUAGUAAUGGUGGACAGGGUGAAGAUGAUGCUAUGAGUAAAUUUGCCCGUGGUAAUCGAUUCUCAAUUGCUGAACAUCAAGAACGAUAUAAAGAAGAAUGUCAACGUAUAUUUGAUCUACAAAACAGAGUACUUGCCUCAACCGAAGAUCUUUCCACCGAUGAAGAUGAAAGCGAAGAAGAGGAAGAUUCGGAAAUUGAAGAAUUGGGCAAAAAUAUUGAAUCAAUGUUGGCCAAUAAAAAAACGAUCAAUCAAAUAUCACGUGACAGAGAGGAAGAGGAACGAAGAGAAUUGAAAAAAUUAAUGUUACGUGAAGAAUCAUCGAAUCAAGGAAUGAGCGGUGAUUCGAAAAAACGUAAAAACGAUUCGAAUGCCGAUGAUAAUGAUAAUAAUGAUGAAAAUGCUCUGAUGUUUUCAUCAUCAUCAACUGGUCGAAUCCUGAAAAUAUAUCGAACGUUUACGGAUUCGGAAGGAAAAGAAUAUGUUCGUAUUGAAACGGUACGUAAACCGGCCGUCAUCGAUACCUAUGUACAUAUUCGUACGACUAAAGAUGAUGCAUUCAUCAAACAAUUUGUAUCGGCUAUGGAUGAACAACAGAAAGAGGAAAAACGUAAAGAAAAACGCCGAAUACAGGAACAGUUACGACGCAUGAAACGUAAUCAGGAACGUGAAAAAUUAGCCAAUUCUUUACGCAAUAGUUUUGGUAUUACGACAACGCCCAAUUCAACGAUGAAUAUUGGUUCGAUUAGUGGUGCUAUGCCAUCACAACCACCACUCAUUGCAACAUCUACACCGGCUAGUUUGGCUUCACCAUUUUUGUUUAAUCCGAAUCUGAAUCCUAUGGGUGUUGGUGGUACACCACUUGGUACGCCCACCACACCUAUCGAUGGAAUAUCAUCAUCAUCAUCAUCGAAAGUGACUAAAAGAUCUAGCCGUAAAGAUAAAGAGACGAAUUUGAAAUUAAAAUGUGGUGCAUGUGGUAGUGUUGGCCAUAUGCGUACAAAUCGUGCAUGUCCAUUGUAUGGAAAUCCGGAAGCUGGUUCGAUAACAUUUGGUAAUGGAAAUGACUUAUCUGCCGACGAUAGUAUUGGUGGUGGUGGCGGUGUAAUUGGUACUAAUCUUAACCAAUCAUCAACCAUUUUGAAUGAAGAGAAUCUUGUCAAAUUGGAUGAGACGAAAUUGGUUCUUUCUAAAUCCGUUAUGAAACAAUUAUAUUUAGAACAACAAAAACAACAACAAUUAGAGCUAGAACGACAACAAAAUAAAGCGGCAUCAAUCAAAUUAAAGAAACCCAAAGAUGUACUAAAGAAACGGAAGAAACGUUCAGCUACACAGGAUAAUAAUGAUCGAUUGGAUUAUCUACAGAAACCUUAUUAUAAAUCAGCUAAUCGUCGUCGUACCGAUCCAUUAGUCAUUUUAUCUAAAAUAUUUGAAGAAAUUUGGAAUGAAAUGCGUUCCGUGCCCGAUUCCGAACCAUUUCAUCAACCGGUCAAUGUAAAAACAGUGCCAGAUUAUUAUAAUAUAAUCACUCGACCAAUGGAUCUACAAUCGAUACGACAAAAUAUUCGUAAUGAACGUUAUAAAAAUCGUGAAGAAUUCCUGAAUGAUGUAAAUAUGAUUGUGAAAAAUUCACAGAUUUAUAAUGGACCAAAUCAUGUUCUCAGUACAAUCGCUCGACGAUUAAUGGAAUUAUGUGUAUUGAAAAUUCAACAAAAAGAAGAAGAAUUUAUUAAAUUAGAAAAAGCUAUUUGUGAUCAUAAUAUUACUGGAUUAGAUGAUAUGAUUGAUGAUAAAUCGAACAUCGCCGAAGAAUUUGAUGAUAAUCAACAACAACAAUCAAUGAAACCACCACCAGCUAAACAGGCUAGAUUAUUCCAAGAUGAUAUGGAUGAAAAUCAUCAAGAUACAACCGAUAUCGUUGCUGGUGAUUUACAGAUUGAAAGUGGUGAUGAAAGUGAUGAUGAUCCUGAAUCAUUAUUCGGUUGGCAUGAUGUUCAUCAUCAUCAACAACAACAACAACAUUCGUUUAUAUCCGAACAACAAUCAUCAUCAUAUCAUCAAAAUGUUGAUGAUUUUGAUGAAAAUUAUGAUCCAUCUGAAUUUCUAUUGAAAAGUUCGUUUGCCCAACAAUCAUCAUUGUAUCAUCAACAACAACAACAAAAGCAAUCGUUUGAAUCAAAUCGACAAAUGGCCAUCGAUGAUGAUAAUAUUGAUGAUGAUGAUGAAAAUGAUAAUGAUAUGGACCAUAAUAAUGAACCAUUUGUCGAUGUAUCACAGGAUCUAGAUGUAUCCGAUUCGGAUGAUGAUGAUGAUGGCGAUGUUGCUGAAUCAAAUGCUAAUGAUGGUGAAGAAGAUAAUGAUUUAUGGUUCUAAUAAUUAUUUACAUUUUUUUUUUGUUUAUGUAUAUGAAG